GGCUACUGUUGGCCAGAGCAGUGGACCAGCCACAGGUGAAACACACUUUUUGUACAAUUAUUUCUCUACAAAAGUUGAUCAUUUCGACAAAAACAAGACCAAACGCACUUGUUUCUUUUAUGAAUCUGGCAAACUACUCUUACUUCUCUGGCAUGUGCAACAUGACCGCAGAGACGCAGCACUCGCCUGCAGAGACAAGUCCUGUUGUCUUGUCUCCAAAUAUGAGCUUGGAUUCUCCGCUGCCGCCUCUGAUGAUGCAGCAGGCCCGGUCAAAGGACAACGUUCUGAUCAAGUCUGAGCCAAGAGGAAACGGUCCCAGCGCGGACGAUGGAGCCGCUCUGGGCCAGACUGAGGAGCACCUGCCCAUAGGCAGCCGCCGGAGGAAGAGGCCCGUGCAGAGGGGGAAACCUCCCUACAGCUACAUCGCUCUCAUCGCUAUGGCCGUCGCCAAUUCCCCCGAGAGGAAGCUCACCCUGGGGGGCAUCUACAAGUUCAUCAUGGAGCGUUUCCCUUUCUACAGGGAGAACUCAAAGAAGUGGCAGAACUCCAUCCGCCACAACCUCACCCUCAAUGACUGCUUUGUGAAGAUCCCACGGGAGCCCGGCAGACCAGGCAAAGGCAACUACUGGACACUGGACCCCGCAGCUGAGGACAUGUUUGACAACGGGAGCUUUUUGAGGAGGAGGAAGAGGUUCAAGCGCACAGAUGUGAGCACGUACCCCGGGUACAUGCAGAGCUCCAGCGCCUUUACGCCAACCCCAAUGGGCAGGCCCUCGUACCCAAACACCAUUUACGCAGGAAUAGGCUCUGGUUAUGGGUCUCAUCUGACAGCCACGUCGUCCCCACACCAUCCUGCCAUGCUGCAUCACUACCAGACAUCAGCCGGGGUCGGACAAGGACAGCCACGCAUGUUCAGCAUCGACAACAUCAUCAGUCAGCAGACGGUGUUGCAGAGCGGCCCGGUGCCGGAUCUCAGCUGUCAAGCGCUGCAGGGGCUGAGUGGCGGUGACCUGCAGGGCACCAUGACCUCCAGCUGCUCGGUGACCGGCGCAGACCCGUCUGCGUGCUUCCAGAGUCAGACUUCAGUCAACCCAUCAACGAACAUGCAGAGUAGAAACAGUGGAAAUAUCACAUCCAAUCUGGUGCCUGGGUACUCGUACUCCUCCUCGGCCUCUCCUCCAAAUCUGUCCACGAUGACUCAGUCAGGUUUUUCCCCAGGGGGCUCUCAGGUUUACUGCCCGGGUAACCGGCUCUCUCUGCCUGCGCUACGCCCAGGCUCCUGCGCCGAGCACACGGAGCAGCUGCUGGGCCUCUCCAGCCCCAUCAACUCUUACAACAACACCUACAUGAGACAAGCCAACUUUGCAUCAGGAUUAGACCGCUAUAUGUGA